GAUUUUGCAGCCCUCGUCAAAAAGUAAAACAGCUGGCAGUUUAAACAACAUUUUAUAUUUAUCAAAGAAAUUAAGAUGAUAAAAGCUAUACUUGUAUUUAAUAAUCAUGGAAAGCCGAGGCUGUCCAAAUUCUAUCAGUAUUUCGAUGAAAGCCUUCAGCAACAAAUAAUCAAGGAGACUUUUCAGCUGGUUUCCAAGCGGGACGAUAAUGUUUGUAACUUUCUGGAGGGCGGAAGCUUAAUUGGCGGAUCAGAUUAUAAGCUCAUCUAUCGGCACUAUGCCACGCUGUACUUUGUAUUCUGCGUCGACUCCUCAGAAAGCGAACUAGGAAUCCUUGAUUUGAUACAGGUCUUUGUGGAAACCCUCGAUAAGUGUUUCGAAAAUGUCUGUGAGCUGGACUUAAUAUUUCACGCCGAUGCCGUCCACCACAUACUAUCAGAACUGGUAAUGGGCGGAAUGGUCCUACAGACCAAUAUGAACGACAUAAUGGCCAGGAUCGAGGAGCAGAACAAGAUCGUCAAGCAGGAGGCCGGAAUUUCGGCUGCUCCUGCUCGAGCUGUGAGCGCCGUGAAGAGUAUGAACAUUCCGCAACAGAUCAAGGACAUAAAGUUACCUGAUCUGCCACAGGCAAUAAAGGACUUUAAGUUCUGACAAAUCUCACAUCUGCCUAUAAUCUGUUGAAACUAGUGCUUUUUCACAGCCCUUCAAGAAUUUCCAACAGCAAUUGACGUAAUCCUUGGAUUGUUGUUUCCGUAAUAUUAGGUCCCAUUGAUUCAAUGUAUCUCCCUCUACCGAAUAAAUAUGCAAAUUAAUUACCAGUAGCAAA